AUAACGACGCUGUAAAAAAAUGCUGAGUGAACUACAUAGCAUAUCACAUUCGGAUCUUAAACUAUAUAGCGAUAUGAACAGGCUAUGAUGUAGAAAUCAGGUUUUUAAUGUCAUGUGUCGAAUCAGCGGAUCCGAAAUGUACAGUAGCCGGAAGGAGAGACAGGGAAACUAACACUCAGUUUGUAUGUGACGAUGUCGAGGGGGGGAGCGCCUUGACGUUUGUGGACGACUUUGAAUAAUGUUAAUGAGAAACAUGGUCUGAAAAGGGAGACAACUAACCGUUAACGGUCGACUACUGCUCUGCUAAGCAUUGGUACCAGGCUUAGAUCAAGUGCGACAACUUCCGCAUCAGCAGGCGCUGCUUUCACAUGCAUCGUCGGGGAUGUCAAUAUGAAAAUUCUUUGCCUUGGUGGGCGUCAGAAAGGUUCACAGUCGCACUGAAAAUGGCUUCUGAAGUGACGUUUAUUUUAUCUUAGAUGAACAUGUCGGUAUUAUCUUGAUGAGUAUUUAGGUCUUUCUAUCAGAUCAUUUUAUUGUGGACGUUUGUUUUGGAAUUUCCGAUAGUCAGAAAGGCGACAGUAGGACGGGGCGGGGCUGCCAUCGAACACUGCUGUGGUACGUGCUGACGGUCCACGUCGGUGUGGUGGAACCAGUCCCUGAAUAGAACUGCAUCGAACUGCUUGCCUCGGGACCCACAGGGCUCGUUGGAGAGGCGGGACGGAUCCAGUCUAGUUCUCUACAAAGGAAAAUAAGUCAACAACUAUUCAACGCGUUCAACUGAAGAGCAUUGAGGUUUCUUGCUAAGACUGUCACAAACUGUCAGCAUACAGUGGACACGAUGGAGGACGACCUGAUGUUCAGCAUGGAAGAAGAGGGCAGCGCCACGAGAGACGCACCCCCCAAACAACGGGUGUCAUCCCUCACCGAUGAGGACGACGACGAUGACAGCGACGUCCACUUCAUCUGCCCCCUCCUGGACGACCCCGCCAGGGAAAUCUGUCAUUACUUGCAGAACCUGGUGAACAACUGCCAGCUAUCAGACACGUUACCCAAAAGCAGCUUCUCGUACAAGAGCGACGAGGACAAUGUGACGGAAGGUUCGUACAAGGUUUUGUCAGAGAGUGCACGGGAAACUUGGAAAAAUGCCGUCAAAAAGGCCAAAGCCAUGCCGGACCCCUGGGCAGAGUUUCACCUGGAGGACAAAGAGACAGAACCCUGCUUACGCUACAGGUAUAACGCCAUCACUGGGGAGUGGGCCCAGGACCAGGUCCACAUUAAGAUGGCGGCACAGCCGUUCGGGAAAGGCGCCAUGAGGGAGUGCUUCAGAACGAAGAAGCUGUCAAACUUCUCGCACAGCGGCAACUGGAAGUCGGCGUGCAACUAUGUGGCCAAGCGCUACAUGGAGACGGUGGACAGAAGCGUCUACUUUGAGGACGUCCGGCUGCAGAUGGAGGCCAAGCUCUGGGGGGAAGAGUUCAACCGCCACAAGCCUCCCAAGCAGGUGGACAUCAUGCAGAUGUGCGUGGUGGAGAUGACAGAGAGGCCGGGCAAGCCGCUCUUCCACCUGGAGCAUUACAUCGAGGGCAAGUACAUCAAGUACAACUCCAACUCUGGCUUUGUGCGGGACGACAACAUCAGGCUGACGCCACAGACGUUCAGUCACUUUACCUUUGAGCGUUCGGGCCACCAGCUGAUCGUGGUCGACAUCCAGGGUGUAGGCGACCUUUACACCGACCCGCAGAUCCACACAGAAAAGGGAACUGACUUUGGCGACGGGAAUCUGGGCGUGCGAGGCAUGGCGCUGUUCUUCCAUUCCCACCUGUGCAACAAGAUCUGCAAGAGCAUGGGCCUGACACCUUUUGACCUCUCACCGCCCGAGAAGCAGCAGCUGGACUGCACCAACAAACUGCUGAAAUCCGCUAAAACGGUGCUGAGGGGCUGCGAGGAACAGUGCGGUUCCCCUCGCGUCCGCACCGUGUCCGGGUCCCGGGUGCCGCCACUGCUGACCCGCCUGUCUGAGACGUCGUCCGCGGACGAGAGCAUGAGCGAUGCGGACUCGGUCCCUUGCUCCCCCCUGGUUGCGUACGGAUACAUGGGAAGGUCACCCGCAGGCUUAUCUUUCACUGGAAUGUAUGAGCAGGAAAGACUGGACAACGCAGGCGAACACAGGGAAUCAGACAGUGGCGGGGACAGUGGCUACCCCAGCGAGAAGAGGAGCGAGGGGGACCCCAACGACCACGUGGAUGGGGCCCGCCACCACUUCCAAAGACAUUAUUCCGAGUCGGACGAGGACAGUUCCAGACGGCUGACGGAGGAGAAGUGGAGCUUCUUCCACUCGUCUCGCGCUCACGUGCACAGACCCUCCUGCGUGGCCACCGAGGUGGAGCGACUCAGCUCCCUGAUGCAGAAGCGCAUCGGCCAGUCCAUCCUGGGGAAGGUGCACCUGGCCAUGGUGCGCUACCAUGAGGCGGGGCGUUUCUGCGAGAAGGACGAGCAGUGGGAUCAGGACUCUGCCAUGUUUCACCUGGAGCGAGCCGCCCAGUGCGGCGAGCUGGAGGCCAUCGUUGUCUUGGGGCAGUGCUGCCUGCAGCUGCCGCACCACAUCCUGCCGAGCGUGGAGCUGGAGGACAACGCGGGAAACAGGAUGAAAGGAUUCAAGUACCUGCUGCAGGCUGCAGAAGCUGGUGACAGAUCUUCCAUGAUCAUGGUGGCCCGAGCUUUUGAUACAGGGGUCAAUCUGUCCGCAGACAGGAAGCAGGACUGGGACGAAGCCAUACACUGGUACGACAGCGCGUUGAACAUGACAGAGCACGACGAAGGGGGCGAGUUUGACGGCAUACAAGACGAGCCCCGUUACCUCCUGCUGGCCAGAGAGGCCCAGAUGUUCCAAGAGGGAGGCUUCAACCUCACAGCCGACCUGCAGAAAGCAGGCGACCUGUUUACAGAAGCAGCAGAGGCCGCCACGGAGGCCAUGAAGGGUCGCCUGGCGAACCAGUACUACAUGAAAGCCGAGGAGGCGUGGGCCAUGAUGGAGGAGUAAAUCUCUGGCUGCACACUUAGAACACAAAAAGGCCUUAUAGGGGUGGGGCAGGUUUUCUACGGCCUGGAUGAGUGGCGUUUACAUAAUUUUUAUAACAAAUUUUUAGCUAACGGUGCUUUGCGUGUGUUUGCAUGUUGAGUAUUCCAUCUUCAUCAAGUUUUCUGUGCAAGAUUUCCUCUUAGGGAAGCGUCUUUCGUCUUUCAGGAUGCAGUUCUCUCUCAGUGUGGUGGGUAAAGAAUGGAUGUUUCAAAAACAAAACAAAACAAAACAAAAGAUUAUACAGUAUGUAACUGUGAAAAGAAAAAUAAAGUUUGCAUUGCUUUUGA